AUGACGCGCUACAACGCAAAGGUUCCCAAGCCCGUCAGGAAGGCAUCAGCAACGACCAGAGGCAAAGACAAACUUGCGAGCAAGACCACCUUGCUCGACCUGCCCGCAGAACUUCGCGUCCUCAUCUAUGACCUGGCCCUGGAGAAUCAAACCAUCGUCUUCCCGGAGCCGUCCAAGUCCAAUCCAAAGGGCCGAGCUCACCACCCAGGGCUUCUCAUGGUUUCUAAGGAGAUCUACCUUGACACUCGCGUCAUCUACUACUACAACUCGACCUUCCACCUCAACAGCGUAGACAGAACGUUCAGCUGGUUGCGCAGACUGAAGCCUGGGAAGCGCAUCCUCUUGCGCAAAGUCAUCGUCGACGACAUGACUCUUAACUUCCACUCGCCAUCAACCACCGUCGUCGACAUACCGCAGCAACAGCAUAAGACCACCACCAAGUUCGUCAGGAUGCCUCGCAACAGCAGAGCGCUCAACAAGAGCACGCCGAACAUGGCCGUCAACAACACCACCCCCAAGAAAGACAAGACACCCAAGACAUCAUUCCUAGACCUCCCCGCCGAAAUCCGCAACGACAUCUACACCCUCGCCCUCACCAACCGCACCCUAUCCUUCCCCCCAGCCUCUCCGCAGAACAGAUACGGCCGCGCCCGACCCCCAAGCCUCCUACUAUCCAACAAACAAAUCCACCACGAAACCCUCCCAAUGUUCUACUCCAACACCACCUUCCACUUCCCCUCCCCCGACCCGCUACUCCGCUGGCUGCGCAAAAUCGGCGCCAAGAAACGCGUCCUCGUCAAAGAAAUCAUCGUGGACGAGAAGGCUCCCAGCUCAGCCGGGCCGUCGUUGGGAUUGCAAGCGCACGAGAUGCUGAGGGUGUUGGAGAGGAGGUUGAGGGAUGCGGGGGUGAGAUUGCCGGUGGAGGUGUAUAAGCCCAAGGAGGCGAACGAGAAGCCCUUCGGCAGCGUCUCAGGCCCGAACCAACCACAGCAUGGCAGCGGUCUCCUUCGCCUCCCAGCCGAACUUCGAAACCGCAUUUAUGCACUCACUCUCAACGACGUAGUUGCGUAUCGCGCUCGUAAGACGGUGGCCUACCGAAAGGUCCAUCGUGUCAAGGCCAAGGCUCCAGGCCUCCUGCUGGCAUGCAAACAGACCUACACUGAGGCCGUCCAACUUUUCUACUCCCAGACGACAUUCCUCUUCGAUGACAAAAAGCACAUCCACGCCUGGGCUCGAAAGAUCGGCAGCGAACGUACGGCUCUGGUCAAGUCACUCCGUUUGAGCAGCCCAAUGCCACAGCACAGCGUCAUGGCGUCAUCGUUCUGGGAUCCACGCACCGCUUUGUGGUUGUUCGCGGUGGAAGCGAGCACUCGCAUGCUGCAAGUCAAGCAUGGCCUGCCGAAGGCUUUGAAGAAGUGCAAGCUACAGACGGAUCUGUACUUGCCAGGAUCGCCAAAGAUUGAGGUUGUGUGGACGCAGCAGCCAGUGAUGGUCGUUGAGGAAUUCUUGGAGGAGGCUGAUGAGGAUGCCUUGGGCCAGACGCAUCAGGCCUUCUUGAUGCUGGCUAAUGCGCGGCAUAUCGUUUGGUAA